CGUACCAACUGCAGCAGAGACGUCUCCCCUAAGCCCUCCCCUAGACCCCUACAGAAGCCCUAGUAACUCCAAUCAAGUUAGCUAGAAACGCUACCACAUUUUCCAGGCAAGAGUUAAACAAAAACAAAAACAAUCAAAAAAGCUGGCCAUGCUGACAGAGGCUUGUAAUCCCAGCACCAGGUUAACUCGAUCAUGGAAGAUUAUGCUGAGCGCAGUGUUUACAACUUUUCUUUUUUUUGGACUUCAAAAUCAUCAGUGGUUUAAAGAAUCAGGGUUUUCUCAAAAACCUGCACAAUUAUAUACCAUGAUGGCAGAAUAUGGCUCCCGGCUCUCUCAUUACCAGGCCAGGCUUCGCAUGCCUAAGGAGCAAAUAGAACUUUUAAAGAAGGAAAGCCAGACUUUGGAGAACAAUUUUCGUGAAAUUAUGUUUUUAAUUGAACAAAUAGAUGUUCUGAAGUCAUUGCUUAGAGACAUGAAGGACGGCGUACACAAUCACAGCUGGCCUGUCCACCGAGAGGAUGUGCAGGACCAGGCCACUGCUGAGAUUCUAGAUGAGGAAAUGUCAAACUUGGUACAUUAUGUACUUAAAAAGUUCAGAGGGGACCAAAUACAGCUGGCUGAUUAUGCCCUGAAGUCAGCUGGAGCCUCUGUCAUUGAAGCUGGAACCUCAGAAAGUUACAAAAACAAUAAAGCAAAACUGUACUGGCAUGGAAUAGGGUUUCUCAAUUAUGAGAUGCCUCCAGACAUGAUUCUUCAGCCAGAUGUCCACCCUGGAAAGUGUUGGGCCUUCCCAGGUUCCCAGGGUCAUAUCUUGAUUAAGCUAGCCAGGAAGAUCAUCCCAACAGCAGUUACCAUGGAACACAUCUCUGAGAAGGUGUCGCCCUCAGGAAACAUCUCAAGUGCACCCAAGGAGUUCUCUGUCUAUGGCGUUAUGAAAAAAUGUGAAGGAGAAGAAAUUUUCCUAGGUCAGUUUAUGUAUAACAAAACGGAAACAACCAUUCAAACAUUUGAGCUCCAGAAUGAAGCUUCUGAAUCUUUGCUAUGUGUGAAACUUCAAAUCCUUAGCAACUGGGGACAUCCAAAGUAUACUUGUUUGUACAGAUUUAGAGUCCACGGCAUUCCCAGUGAUCACACUUAGGGGAGUUGGUGCAGAAGGUGGUGGCCGUGCAACCAGAACGUCCAAGGAUGCUUAUUAUUCCCUUAUGUCAGAUUGCACCCCUAAGACUCAGAGACUGAGUGGGAGGGAAGCCUCAGACUCAUUCCUACUAGGCAGUAAGAAGUGAAUGAAUUUUACUAAUAAAAAAGAAAAGAAAAGAAAAGAAAAUCAAGCUGACAGCCAUCUACUUUGCCUUGAGCAUCCAGAGGUGAAUCUGUGUAUAGAAGAGGGUCUCACUAGGAAGUCAUUCUCACCACAGCUUCUGCACGGUCAGUUCUUCUCCUAUGUCAGGCACAAUGCCCACCAUCACUACAUUAUCAACACCGAGCUGCUGGCUUUGGGCAUUGAAAGCAGAAAAGCCACAAGUAAUAUUUAAGUUAGAGAUAAAAGUUCAUGACAAAAUCAGGCCAUGAAUAUUUGCAGAUAGUUUGAUGGACUCCUCAAAACUGGGUACUGUUCUCCUGAAAAUACAAAUGGGCCAGUCAAAUGGCUCACCUGGUAAAGAACCUUUGUGGCUAAGCAUGAUGAUCUGAGUUCAACCCUCAGACCAUACAUGGUGGAAGGAGAGAAUCAACUCCCUAAAGUUGUCCUCUGAACCUCCAACACAAAAUAAAUAAAUACAUACUUAAAAAAAAUUACAAACAAGUAGAAACUCUACUAAUCUGAUAGGUGUGAAGCUACCACAUGUAAAUCAAAGUUACACACACACACACACACACACAAAACAACUAUUCGAUCAAGGGCUUAAUUUAUAAAAGCCAAAGCAAAGAGCAUAAGCAUCGGGUAAAAUAAAGGAGAAUUUGUAUGUGGGAAAGGCCUUUUGCAUCAGAAAGCAAAAGUUUUUAAAAAAUGACAAGCUCGACUCAGCUGUGAAGACAUCAAUUCUUUCUUAACUAAUUUAGAAUAAUAAUGAUCUCAACUAAAAUUGGAAAGUUAUGGUCAGUAUGGAGCAGUCAUGAGACGGUAAUGGGUAAUGGAGCUCACCUGCAGGGACAGAACAGAGCAUAUGGCUAGCAUGUGUGAGGCCCCGGAUUCUAUCCCGACCAGUGAAGCAAAAAUAAUUAUUUCCAAAAAAAUAAUUUAUAAUUAUAUGUGUGAAAAUGAUACAAUUUUUUUUAAAAGAAUUAUUCCUGGGCGUAGAGACAGAACACCUGGGACUCCAGUAUUAGGGAAACUGAGGCAAGGAGAGCCUGAGUUUGAGUCUGGCCUAGGAUAAUUAGACAGAACUUGUCUCAAAUAAGAAACACGUCUUGGCCAUCAGGAUGACUCACCUGAAAACCACAUGGAGGAUGAAGAGCACCAAUGCCUUCAAGCUGCCCUGUGAUUUCCACAUGCAGAUCAUGGCAUGAAGGCCAGGACACACAUGCCAUCACACGCACAUCGACAUGUAA